GUUUGAUUCCAGAUUUGCCGCCUGCCAUGCCGAUGCUACGUUGACAGCAUAUCGAUGGAGUUAUCUCCCUGGCAGGUUUAGCCCUGUCUUAUCUUCCAGCUCAUGGCACCACUCAUGUUGGGCAUUUUACCAACGACCCUUGCCAGAGAAUCCCUCGAAAGUGCAUCAGGGUGUGAUGGCACAGCGGAAAUCCACGGACUGAUAACGCCACUCAAUGGCCAAGCUGCGCAGCCCAGACCUUCAAGGGGGCAAGGGAGGCAAAUCGGGCCAAGAGCAAGAGGGGUCACAAGCUGGAAGGCGCUAUCAUGCUCAUUUUCUUUUUGGUGUGUUACUAUAGGCUUAGUGGGUUAGUAUGUCAAUCUAGCUGUAAGCCCAGUGGCAAGGACUAAUGCGUUCCAUUCACUUGGAAUGGCUC